AUGGCUUCUACCCCGAACACGUUCCCUCCAAGCCAGAACAGUUCCUCUGGAAACCUUCCCACAUCUAGACAUGCGUCUAUCGUCGAGAUGCUGUCCACUCCACCAUUGCUGCCCCAGGUGCAGGUGAACGAGGCAGACGACAAAGAGCAGCCGGAAGAGCUCACGCCGCCAAAGGCUGCCGGUGCUCCCGGACCUGCUCCUGCUGCCACUCCCGCACCCCUCCGCGAUGAAAAGCCCCAAUUCAAACUGUCAGCUGUGCCCAUGACACAGACUCCGUCGCAAUGCCUAUCCUCUGUGCAUGCUCAAAAGUGGCAGCACAUUCAGCUGUCGCAAUUGAUUGAACAAAACAAGCUUAUUUUUGUUCCGGGUUCCAUAUCAGUAGAGGAAGCCUUUAACACUCUGAUCAAGUACCACCUGAACUCCAUCCCCGUGGAGUCCGUUCCUGGCGACAUGGACUGUUUCACUUUUGACUAUAAUGACCUGAAUUCGUACCUGUUGCUGGUCUUGAACAAGAUCACCGUCAGCAACAAAAAGCUCACCACAGACUGCCAAAAUGGAAAGCCCGUCCCUGUGGGCGAGAUGGUCAAAUUGACUCCUAAGAACCCCUUUUAUAAACUGCCGGAAAAUGAGAGUUUGUCCACGGUAAUGGGAAUUCUCGGUUCAGGUGUACACCGUGUAGCCAUCACAAACGAAGGGAUGACCAAGGUUAAAGGUAUCUUGUCCCAGCGUCGUUUGAUCAAGUACCUCUGGGACAACGCUAGGUCGUUCACGAGUUUGGAGCCCUUAUUGAACUCCUCGCUACAAGAUUUACAUAUAGGUGUUCUUAACAUCCAGUCCAAGCCAACUUCAAGACAAUCUCGUGUUAUCUCCAUUCAAGGAGAGGAGCCGUUGAUUAUGGGUCUUUACAAAAUGCAUGUAGAAAGAAUAUCAUCCAUUGCCGUCAUCGAUAAACAAGGUAACCUUUUAGGUAACAUAUCAGUGACUGACGUGAAGCACGUCACCAGAACAUCCCAAUAUCCACUAUUGCACAAGACUUGCCGUCAUUUUAUUUCGGUCAUCUUGAACUCAAGAGGACUGGAAACGGGUAAAGAUUCCUUCCCAAUUUUCCACGUAUACCCCUCCAGCUCUCUAGCAAGAACACUAGCAAAACUGGUCGCCACAAGGUCUCAUAGAUUAUGGAUUGUGCAACCGCCGGAGUCGUCCAAUUCCGCAUCGGCAUCCUCCACGAACUUAACCGCAUCUAACACCGCAGCUAAUGCAGCUACCGGUACCGCUCAGUCGUCAACUAAUGGUAGCGCUUCCAUGUCGAAAUCAUCUUCUUCGGCAUCCAUCAAUUCUCACUCUCCUUUAAUGACGGCAAUGGAAGAUCCGCCAUCGCCACGUUCCUCGGCCAUCGCGAUCCCACCACCAAGUCCCGUUUCCUCAACAAGCACUCCAAACCUAUUUGAAAAAGAAUACAGAACAGGAAAACUGAUCGGUGUAGUCUCAUUGACCGAUAUUAUCAACUUACUGUCAAGAAAACAAACCGGAAACAAGGCAGUGGACCCUCAAUCCGCAAGAAGACAAAGAGGCAGUAUUGCCAUGUGA